UAUUACAGUAUGGAAAUAAAUUGUCUCUUGUGGCUUCAAUGGAAGAAAGAUGGAGGGCAUUAGCAUCACACUUACCAAUGACAUACCUGAAUCUGCUGACACCAACACAUUAUUGCAUUUUGGAACUUGUUGGGAAAGGGCGAGAAAAUGGUCAAAUGACAAUAGGAAUGACAAACUUAAACAAAAUAGUGAAGCAACCAAAGCUUUUAUUCUACAAUAGAAAUGUACUACAGAAACUUGGUUUAAUUAAGAAUCAAUAUUGCACACAAGUUACUGGAGGAAAAGCAAUGAAAUGUAUACUUCUCCAUUUAAAAAGAUUUCACAAACCAACACUUUUAACCCUUCCAAAAGUUGGGAAAAUUCAUGACAUGGUCAAGUAUUUAUUAGAUCAGCCAGAUCAUGCUGAACAAAAUGAGGUUCUGAUCAAGAAGGGCUUAAUGACUCCUCAACAGAGUAAGCGACUUCAGAAGGCAAUAAAUGUUUUUGGUUAUGAAGACAGAGAAGUGAAGUUAGAAAGACAUGUUACUGGAAAAAGUGAAAAACAAAAAGUUUUCGUCAGAAAAAGGUUUAUGACACUCGCUGCAAAGAGUGACGAGUCAUCUCAGUCAGAUGAAGAGAUCAACGAUGUGCCUCUAAAAUGUCAAUAUAAAGUAGGAGUUACAUUAAUGAGACAAGCAUAUGAAAGAUUUUUAGAAGCCGGUUUGAAUGGAUUGACGCAACUUGAAAUAGCGCAACUUCUAGGCGUCGAAUUUUAUACAAGUCGAACAAUUUGCAGGAAUUUUAAAGCAAGGAAUAUCGUUAGGGAGUUUUUAGAAGAUAAAGGGAGGCAAAGGACAGCCAGGUACAUUGCAGUAGCAGCAACGAAAGAAGUAGAUAAGGAGUAUGCAAAGGAAAAAAAUAAACUUUUAAACUAUGUAAACCAAAGAAAGAAUAUAAGUAAUGAAAAAAAUGCAACACCGACAUCAGAAAAAACCACAGAUGACGGAGAUUAUGAAGUACCUUUGAAAAAAAUUAAACUUGAAAAGAAAAAUAAUGAAACUGAAGAUUGUUCAGAACCCGACAUUGAAGAAAUAAAAGUUUUGGAAGGAUUCGAAAAUGUUACAGAAUCAAUAUUAACUUCUAAAAAGAAUCCAACAUUAAGACAGUUAAAAUUUGCAAAUGGGAUUUUAAAAGUAAUAAAUGAAAUUCAGUAUGUUAUAGGAUUCCAAACCUUAAGUACUUUAGUUUCUAAGGAAAUAGACGAGCCGCCAAUGGAUACCAAAGCCCUAAAAGUAUUCGUACAGAAAUUAGUUACAGAUGGACAACUAAAAAUUUUGAAACUUAAGAGUCCCAAAAACUGUAAUAAAUACACGUUUUUAGUUUGUUCUCCUCAUCUCAAGGCAACAGAUUCUAUAAUAAAAUUAAAAUACAAAGAGAUUUGCGCAAGAAGAGAAAAGAAUACGAAAAUAAAACAAAGAAAUCAAGCAGAUAUCUCACGGCCAUUGACGCAAUAUGUUUACCCAAGAUAUCUUAAAAUACAAAAAUUACACGAAUUUAUAAUUAAAUUCAUUUAUUUCAGUGAAGUUAAACCAAACCCGACAUAUCCUCUCGGUUUUGGUUCUCUAUUUUAUAUUUUACCAGAAAUUACUGUUGAAUUUGCUCUUGGCAAUAUAAAUAACAUUGACAUGACAGAAAUUGACCGUAUGAACUUAAACGAUGAAAUUUAUGCCACUAAAAUACGCGAUGCUCCCGAAAAUUUGAGUAGAAUACUGUUGCAAUCGAAAGGUCUCCAAAAUUCAUUAAGAGUUGGUCUUAAAGCCUUAGCGGUUCUAGGUCUUGUUCAAUUGAUUAUUCAGUCCUCGUCCAUUACGAGUGGAGAUGGAGGUCUUAUUACUUAUGUUUUUUACGUUAAUCGUAAAGCAACAAUACUAGAUACAUCAGGGAAGUGGCCACGACAAGACGUCGACACGGAUGUCUUAGAGAAAUCUUUUUGCUUUAAUUCAAUGGAUGAUGUCACAAAUUAUUGGAAUGAAGUCUACACAAUCAGUACAAAUACGACAAUCAACAUGUCAAAACGCGAACGAUAUAGAUUAAUUCAUCCAAUGCGAAAUGACUACAGUGUAUUGGAAUUUGAUAAUGGUGAAAGAUAUGGAGAUGGUCUUGGUCCGUGUGGAUUUGAUUCAAGUAUUUUUAUGGACAUUCCACGUUUAUGGCGCACGUAUUUGGUCAGAAAUCCUUUAGUGACACAUAAAGCACAACUAAAGACAAAGAAAAGUAAAAAUAAAAUUAUAAUAAAGAAAUCUACUAAAAUUGUACCAAAAUCAAGAAAUAAAAUCAAAACUCAGAAACCUGUGCGAGAUAAGGUUACAGAAAAAGUCACUAAAUCCAAAGUUGUCAGAACAAAUAGAAAAGGAGUAGACUCGCAAGCUGUGUGGUCCGAAUUUGAGGAUAAGAUAAUAAUGAUGUGCAAAGCUGCUAUUACGAUAAUGAGCCCAGUUUCACAGCCGGGAUGCUUAAGAAUUAGAAACACUGUGGCUAAGGAUUUGCUAGGCAUUUACGAUCCCAAAAAGACAGCAGCUACUUGCCAUAAAAGAGCUUUGACCCUCGAGUCUAAUUCGAUACUCACCCACGAAAAAGAUUGCAUCAUUAAUGAAUUGAGAAGUCAUCGUAAUUUAAUAAAGAAGUAUGAAGGACUUUUGAAAGUGCUAAGAGUUCGUCAUCACGUCAAUAUAUCUAGGUAUAUCAAUGAGGCACGAUUACCCAUGAUGGAAUUGGUCUGGCUAAUAUCUCAGAUAGAGAAAACUAAACCUUUUCUCCAUCGAGUACCUCGUAUAGCCCUGAGUUUAAAUGAUUUCAAUGAUAAAUUCACGAUUACUGCAUCUUCUGCUAAUCAAGCAUACAAUAUGUACAAGACGCCGUUGACGUACGAACCGGAAUUUGCAACUCUGAAGGAAGCUAUUAUCUUGACUGUCAUGAUGUCUUUAAAUCAUUCAUUAAGUACGCAUACAGGAAAGAAAAUAUACAUGAUGUACAAACCAUAUUCUGAAGCAACUCUUAGGAGUGCAAUAGAACAUCUAAGGAAGUGUGGCGCUAUUGCAGCCAGAGAGAAAAUUUUAAAUAACCAUUUUAAUAAAAUUAAUUUUAAUGACCUUGUCCAGUCAUCAUAUAAAAUCGCUGCAGCGUAUAAGCGAAAAUGGAUCAAUAGAUUAGAAGGAGAGUUUGUGGACAGCUUAGCAGAUAUCAUAGAUACGAAUAUUCCUCAAAAAGGAUUGAAAGGAUCAUGCGAACUUAACUGCCUGUUAUGUGAAUUGUGCAGCUGUGAUUCUAUAGAUAUUGUCUCCGAUACCAUACCAGUAGUCAUGGGCUCGGCUGGUUCUGUUAUACAAGAAGAGAGAAUGAAUGUGAUUGACAUAGAAACAAAAUACAAAUUUAAAUCUGGUCUCGUUGGAUGGAGAAACAAAAAAGGUUUUGCAGAAUUUGGAGAUCUUUACAAACACAUUGACUAUGAAAAUGCCUUAUACUUGUUGUCAAAAGAUGUGGUAGUAAAUUUUAAAAACAAACAUGAUCUAGAUACAAGUGAUGUUAUAGUUUCGUGUUUGCUAGAUAAAGAAGAAAAGGGUUGCACUUUUUCGGAACUACAGAAAUUGCUAUCUAUGGAGAAGUUCAAACUUAAUUCGAGACUUAAAAAACUAGAAAAUAAAGGUUUAAUCAAACGAGUAGGAAUAUACGAAAACCGAAUCGUUCUAACGAAGUUCUCCAAACCUUAUGUAUUACAAAUAGACUCAGACAUAAGUAUCAUACCUACACCAUGGUUCAACUUAGAAGCACAAAUACAAAUUGAUGUGUUUUUAAAAUGGGCGGGCGUCAUAAUGAAUAAAAUAUUCGAAAGUCCUGGUUGCUCUGUAACAUAUUUAAGUAAUAUCUUCGAAUAUAUUUCUAUUCGAAGUGUUCUAGAUAUUUGUAUAUUCUUAGAAAGAUGCGAGUGUAUUAAACUUCAAUUUGUUGAAAGUAAAGAAUGUGAUUUAUUUACCGAUAAUGAUGAUGUACCAGAGUUAUGUGACUAUACUUGUUACGAUGACCCUGAAUGUAUCUUAGCCUCACCCGUCAGAGAUAGUUUUACAAAAUAUGCAUUUAUAAGGAAAAGAUGUAUAGAAAAAUAUACAAAUGAUGAGUAAAUUACUUUUUAAAAUAUAUUUAAGCUAAAAAAAUAAAAUUAUGCAACAUU